UUGGCGUGUGGAAAUCAUGGCGGGGAGAAUGUCACUUCAUUGCCACGGGAAUUAUCCGCUUCUCCUGGGACUGAAAGCCGUCGUUUUUAGUAUGUUGAUCAAUGUGACAGGUGUGCUCAGCAGCCAGGUGCUGGUGCCGGAGAGGGUGAGCGCGGUGCUGGGGAAGAACAUCACUCUGGGCUGCAGGGUGGAGGUGGGGGCCAACCUGAGCCUGACCCAGAGCUCCUGGGAGCGGCGCCUGCCCUCGGGCACCGUCACGCUGGCCGUCUUCAACCCUCAGUUCGGCAUCUCCAUCUCCCCGGACUACGAGAAGCGCCUGUCCUUCCGCUCGCCCUCGGCGCACGACGCCACCAUCGUGCUGGAGGACGUGGGCUUCGCCGACAUCGGCGUCUACACCUGCAAGGUGGCCACCUUCCCCCUGGGCAACACCCAGGCUUCCAUCGCUGUCAGCGUCAUGGUGGAGCCGAAGGUGUACGUGUCGGCGGGCUCCAUGGCGCUGCUGGACGGCGGAAACGAGACGGUGGUGGCGACCUGCACGGCGGAGCGGGCGCGACCCCCCGCGAAGGUGUCCUGGGAGUCGGACCUGUUCGGCCGCUCGGAGGAGCGCGUCCACGACGAGCCGAACGGCACCACCACCACGCAGGUGCGCUACACCUGGCACCCCACCCGCCACGCCCAGGGCCACACCCUCACCUGCGUGGUGCGGCACCCCGCCCUGCAGACGGACUUCCGGAUACCCUACCUGAUCAACGUGCAGUCCGCGCCGGAAAUUGUGGUGGUGGGGUACGAUGGGGACUGGUUCGUAGGCCGAGAGAAUGUCCAGCUUCAGUGCCGAGCCAAUGCCAACCCUCCAGCCCAUCACUUCAGCUGGGUCAGGCUGGACGGAGAGAUGCCAGAGGGCGUGGAAGUGGUCAACAACACCCUGAUUUUCGGGCGCCCUCUGCAGCGGAAUGAUUCGGGGGUGUACAGGUGCGAGGUGGGAAACGACAUCGGCCAGCGGAGCAGAGACCUACGCGUGCGGAUCCAAGAGCCUCCCUCUACCACCACCACGCUACCCACCACCCCUGUGCCUGUUCUUACCACCGGCGCCUCUGCCACCACGCCUCCCAACAAGCAGCGCGCCCAGUUCACCUCCCCGACGGUGGCCUCCCUCCCCGAGGGCAGCCUGGGCACCAUCGUGGGCGGGGCCGUGGGCGGGGCCCUGUUUCUUUUGCUGCUGCUGGUGCUGGGCGGGGCCUGCUACCGGAAGCAGCGACGGACCUUCCGCGGCGACUACUACACCAAGCAGUACUUGGGCCCGGCUGACAUGCAGAAGGAGCCCCAGCUGGACGUCCUGCAGCCCCACGAGCUGCAGGAGGUGUACGGGGGAAGCGACCCGGGGAAAGGCAGCCAGGACCUGAAACCUAAACCCAGCAAUGACGUCAUCCACCCCGACAAAGACCGAGAAGAGUGGGGAGACAGCGGCCACAUCAACGGCCGCCGGUCCCAAAGGGAGGGGGGUUAUUACCCCAGUCACCACAACCACAACCACCACAACAUGCACCCGCGGGGUCCUCCCAUGUACACACCUCCCACUGUGAACAACCGCUCCCCCUACCUGCCGGAGGACUGCUAUGACAACGGUCCCGAUAGCGACUUUGUGUCCCACAUGGAUGGUUCUGUGAUCUCGCGCAGGGAGUGGUAUGUCUAGGAGAGGACUUGUCUGGAAAAAAAGGAGAAAUAAACUGCAAAUUCACUAGCGAAUCAAAUAUGUUGUCAAAGAAGGCAGUAGAGUGUUAAAGAUAAAUUAGAAUUCCCCCAAACAGAAAAGAAAGAACCUGUUUCCCCUCACUCUCAAGGAGGGAGAGGGAGUGUUGUGUUUGAU